AACAGACAGCGUGUAGCGCUACAGACGUAUCAGUUGGGAAACUACGUGCGGCUGUCAUUGGAAAUACGGUGGUGGAAACUGCAGAGUUAGCCUGCACAUUUGGAAAAGCUGUUCAUCACAGAUCAGUUCUUCUUGGGCUUUACAUGGAGAGUUGAGACUAGCAUGAAGUGUACACAUUUAAUGAUGUUUUUAUCCCCGGCUUUGGAAUUGAUUUUAUUUGUAUGUGUUUGGUUAUCCGAAGCUGCACCUAGCGCCAGCACCAAUGAUGGAACGCCUUUAUGGAGGGAGCGUCCUGGUGUCUCCGAGAACAUCCUGGACCCGCUCAACACCACCAUGCCCAACCAUUUACAGGAGGAUAAGCUCGGAAUUGUCACUUUUUCAGCACUUACACCAGCCCCAACAACUGUGCACCCUCGGGCGUCCGGCAAAACCGUACAACUUCAGACAACCACAGCACAAACAAUUGCUACAACUGUACAGAAAGCAAUGGAACUUACCACAAAGACCAGAGGAAUUCUUACAACGACGUCUAAGCAGAAAACGGAUUUAGUCAACUUCUCACAAACUACCGUGACAUCAACUGCAAGUUCGAUAUCUUCCGUUUUUCCAGUGGUUAAAACAACAUCUCAAACCUCUGCAACUGUGCUGCACAAUCGGACGACCCCUUCAUGGUCUCCGAAAAGCACCACUGUUCCACCACUUACACCCACCACAGAAAACAGGCAAGACGUGCUGUGUAACUGUACCGGUGAGGGCGUGCUGGACCCGUAUGACUGUGAUGUGGGGACGGGCCAGUGCACCUGCCUGUCGGGCUACACGGGCCCGCAGUGUGAGGACUGUGAGGAUGGACACUUCACCAACGGCUCCACCGGCUGCCUGCCCUGUGGCUGCGACUCCUUCGGUGCCUUCGACCACCGCUGUGACAGCUCUGGAACAUGUGUGUGUAAAAUCGGAGUGUACGGCCCCAAGUGUGACGAGUGCCACCCUGGCUACUUCCGCUUCAGCAGCACGGGGUGCCAGCCCUGCCAGUGCAACAACCACUCCAGCUCCUGCCACCCACAGUCUGGCAUCUGCUUGAACUGCCAAGGCAACACAAAAGGACCCAGCUGUGAAGAAUGCAAGUACAAUUUCUACAGGAGGCCGGAUACUGCCCGGACAGACGGCUGUCUCCCCUGCCCCUGCUCCACGGUUACCUCCACAGGCACCUGCCACAUCGAACUCAGCGGGCAGCCGGCCUGUGACCAGUGCAGGCCAGAGUACGAGGGCUCCAACUGCGACAAGUGCAGGGAUGGAUAUUACAACUCGGACAGCAUCUGCCUGCCCUGCGAAUGCAACGGGAAUGCCGACCCUGUGACCUUCCCCCGUCUGUGUGACCCAGACACGGGUCACUGCCAGAGCUGCGUCAACAACACCGCCGGGGCCCACUGCGAGCUCUGUGCCCGCGGCUUUUCUGGGGACGCCCUCAACCACACCUGUGCCCUCAUUGAUGUAAAGACCCUUCCUGCUCCAGAUCUCACCACAGUAACGACAACAGCCCCCAGUGUCAAGACCACCAGCACUGCUGCUUCCCCCAUGGGAACCAUGACCUCCGUGGCCAACUCCACCGGCCUGCGGACGGCAGCCACCACGGCCCUGCCCCCCAGCCUGGGCAGCCCCCUGGAGAACAGCACCUCCACCGUCACGGAGGUCUCCUGGACCCAGUUCAACAUCAUCGUCCUGGCCGUCAUCAUCGUGGUGGUGGUGCUGCUCAUGGGCUUCGUGGGCGGGGUCUACACCUACCGCGAGUACCAGAACCGCAAGCUCAACGCUCCCUUCUGGACCAUCGAGCUGAAAGAGGACAACAUCAGCUUCAGCAGCUACCAUGACAGCAUCCCCAAUGCCGACGUGUCAGGCCUGCUCGAGGAUGAGGCCACGGAGGUGGCCCCGAACGGACAGCUGGCCCUUUCCGCUCCCAUGAACAUGUACAAGGCUUAGGGCCCGGGCAUCACUCUGCAGGGUGAGCUGGGUCAGAAAAGGCAAGGGGGUGAGGUUUUCUCUGGCUAUUUUUCAUAUAGACAGAGAGGCUUGGACUGUGUUCCUGCCUAUGUUGAAAUGUCUUGGAGACAAACGAAAAAUAUUAUGUUCAUAUAUUUGGAGUAAUGGUGUAAUGCCCGGAAGAAUUGUGACUUGCAUAAAAAGGCAUGUGAACACUGCCUAAGGGAGGGGCUCCAAUGUGACAUAAUGGAAGGCUUGACAACUGUGCUGUUAGUUUUUUUGCAUUUGAGGGGGAAUUUUUUAGUUUAGUUACAUCCCUCCCCUACCCUGCACCAGAAGCUAUUGGAUGUACUCGAGGUGGAGACAAUGACUCAGAUAUGGCAAAACAGUAACUGAAUGUUGGAAGGGGUGGAACAGAACUCAGAGUGAAUAUGUGAAUGAACAACAAGCAGAGAGAAACUCAACAAGUGUAUUGAAUGUGUGCUUUUCCCUGGUCUGGAGAGGACACAUGAGAUGCUGUUGCUACUUGCAGGAGCCAUAGGUGUUGGCGGACUUAGACCAGACCCCAAAGGUGCUGGCACAAAGGGAGGAGCACAAGCACCACUGGGUCAGGACAGCCCCAGGGAUGGAGAUUAUAGAGUUUGUGUGCAGCUGGACUCACGCACAAACCUUUCCACACACAAACACACACACUCACACACACACACACUGAUAGAGAAGAAAGGGUGUCUUCAUAUAAUUUCAGGUGUAAUGUCAUAGGUUCAGGAGCAGGUUGACCACUUAUGUUCUUGAACACUGUUUUGAAAUGGCAGUCAACCAGAACGUAAAAAUGGAAUUCAUUCAGUACAAUGUGAACAGUUCUGUCUGUUGUUGCUGCAGAUCACCCUGGUUAGUAGGGGUGUUUUGGAACCUGAAUACCGUAUUCAAGAAAGAUAUUCUAAAUGAGCAAUUGAUGGGAAAUAAAUAAAGCACGCAUUUGUCUGCAACCACCACCCACCCACCCUGCUUCCAAAUAUGGAUAUAAAUGUUUCAUUUUGUUUGUUGAACAGAUGCAGAUUGUGUUGUCUCUGCACAUGGAUAGUGUUUAGGAAUAUUUUGAGUAGCUAUGAUUUUUUUAAUUUAGCUAAGAAGUUUAAGGUGACCCCAUUAAAGGGAAAAUGUUUGGAUAAGGUGUGGCUAUAGGGUGGCUUCUGGAGGACAGAACAGAUUAGAUGAGGUCAUGUGACCUUAUGGCUGACAUCGCAAUUGUUCAGUCUCAAAGCUCAAAGUUCAGUCUGUGCUUAACACAGACAGGAAUACAGUAUCUUUACAGCUCCAAAAAUAAAGUUGCACAUAUUAAAAAGGAAAAACAUGUUUUAGUGUUAAACUUGAGCUGGCAAUAACUCUUAAUGGUGUUAUAGUUUUGUUUAGUUUAUUUGACUUUUUAUUUAUUGAUUUAUUUUUAUUGCAUUUGUCUUUUGAGUAUAGUAACUGUACACAUCAGUGGAUUGGAUAUGUUUUGUUAAUGGCUUGCUUAGGACAUAGAUUACUCGGCUAAUUGCAAACUAAAAAGCUGAACCUGUUUUAUUGUAUCAUUCUCACUUUUAUCAGAAGGAUAUUUCUGUCACACACAGACAGUGUGACAGUGACAGCGGCAGUGCUGGCAGCAUUGAGAAGUCUUUGUUUGGAAAUACCAGAUAAGCCGGUUGGUACAGUAGUAAAUUAUCUUUCCUGGUUACUGUCCAAUUCCAAAUGCAAUCAUGGCCCUGCGGUUUCUGCUUCCCUGCAUGAGUCAGUGUCUGGGGCCCUCUUUACCGCCUCAGUCCAUAAGCAAUUCAGCCAAUGUGUUACCAAGGUGGUGUAGGGGUUCUUUUUCACGGUGCUCUUGCCAGCAGGUUCCAGCUCCCUGAUGUAAAAUCCAGCUAUGACUAGCUUGAAAUUACCAGCUGCCAGCUGUUUCAAAACAUAGCUUGAGCUGGUCAAAUAAUGUUGAGUAUUGAGCUGGUCUAAACUGGAUAACCAGCUACCAGCUGUUUGGAAACCUAGCCUGAGCUGAUUUUUUCAGCAGGGCUUUUAAGACUGGUGAUAUGAUUUUUACCCCGCACUUCCCCGCAUUGUGAAACAUGAAGUUUCUGGACCCAUUGCCUGUCAGCCGCAGUCUGUCCCACCCCUGCAAUAACGUGGCUCAUGGAAUGGUUAAGCUAAAUAAGUAAGGAACCUCACUCCUCAGGUAGUUCCCCUUUCUCUAUCAUAUUUAUAACUGUAAAUAAGAAUUGGACAUUGUACAGACAGAUGUAAAUAAGAGGAUGGUAUUGUACAGGUUGAGUGCAGUGAAUCCACAGACAACAAGCCCUGGUACAUUUCCAGGGCCCCCAAACUUGGGGUGGGGAGCUGAGAGACAAAAGAAUAGAGAGACAUUGGGAGAAGUUGUCAAACUCUUUUACCUGUGGCCUCAUCCCUUCUCUUUACCCACCCACCACCAUGAACUAACAUAAGAGAGAUUUUACCAAAACCCUUCCUGUUGUUCUCAGUGAAAAACAAGAUGUAUAUAUUAUGAGCGAAUGAUAUAGCAUAUACUGUAUUUAAUAAAAAGAAAUGUGGGUUUCA